AUGGGUGAAUUCAAUCAAUGGUAGCCUUAAUUAAUGGAGAGAGUAACUGAUAAUAUAUUUGCCUUUGAAACUAAGGUACUACCAGGUUACAAGUACAGAUUCAAUUUCAAAGUGGGUGAAAAUUUAAGGCAUGAUCUUAACCAAGAUAAUGAAAAGGAUGAAAAUGAGCAAGAUGUCAACUUCAAAUAUGUAUUAGAAAAUUCUUCAGACAUCAUUAACAAAGACGAGCUCAUACAAAUACCUCUAUUUGUUCAUCCUGAGCUAAAACCUCUACGUGUGGAAGGUCUAAAGUAAAUUCAAUUAAAAGAUGCUGAAUUGCAAGAGACUACUCCGCAUGCUACCAAUGAAGUCUUACAAAAUUUAUAAAAUAAUGAUGAUGAUGCUAAAAUUCAAUUACUGAGCCUUCUCUUAAGGAGAAAUAGAUAUGUGCUAUCAAAACUAGAGAAUUUAAGAAAAAUUAGAAAGUUUGCAGAAGCCUCAGCUAAUUCUGAAGUUAUUUAAUCAAGUUCUGAGCAAAUUUCCAACUUCGAAGAUGAAAAUCUGAAAAUUACAAAAGCAAUUAAGUUUUUGAUAAGAAGUAGAAUCGCAAGAAGUAUUAAUCAAAGCGAAUAUUAUUACAUUAAUUCAUUCAGAGGUGAUGCUAAUGAGCUUGAAUUGAGAAGAGUUUACGAUAACUCUGGUAUACUACUAAUUGACUAUUAAGCCAGUGAGUUUAGCAUAGUAAAUACCAAUGAAAAGUACUUCUUAGAGAGCUUUUAAGUUCUAUCAAAAGAGGAUGAGAGACAAUUCAGAAAUGAUUUAAUCAAUAACAAAGCUCACACUUUGCUAAUAAGAUAUAAGAUUGUAAUAAAAGAAGACUAUGGAUACUACUAAUUAAAGGAGUGUCAGCCAGUUGAGCUUUAACCACAACUUCCCAUUGAUUAAUAUACCUACAACAUUGAUUAUAGCAAUUUCUUCGUCUAUAGGGUUACUAGAGGAAAUUAUGGAGAUGUCAAAAAUGAAGCUUAUAGAGUUGAAGAGGAAGCCAAAAAUGCUCAAGAUAGAUCUCUUCAAUUCUACACAAAUGAGGUAGCAAGCAAUAUCUUAAAUAUUAUCCACAUGCAUAUAGAUGAUACAAGUGAAUAGGUUGCCUUUGAGACAUACUACCUUAAUGAAAAUUAAAGUACCUAAGACUUUAUAGAUUUCAGUGGCAGUAAUGUUAAUUACAAGAUUCUAGUUAAGGACUAAAGAAUUCACAGAGUAUUGUAUUAAAAAGGCUCAGAACCUGCUAAGGAGCUAAGAUUCUAUGAAUAUAGAUUCAACAAAGGUACAUAUGCAAAUGUUGACUACUCAAACAAGCUCGAAUACUCCACAGAGAAUUUGCUUGCACAGGUAGUUGAAAUUCCAAUUGGAAUAUUAGUAAGCUAAGACUAAAAUGUUGCUGCUAAUUAUCCCUAAGUUCAACUACAACACAACCCCUAUGGAUUUUGUGCAUUAAGAUGCUUGCAUUAAAGUCUUGGAGGUUAUGUCGAUGUGAAUGUACUUUCAGUUGACAGUGGGGAAUCUCUUCUUGAAAGUUAAGAAAAGAUUGCUCUCCCUCCAUGCUUGAUGAAUGAUCCUUAAUGGGAUAAAAAGGAGAAAUACAUUUCUAAGUUAUAAUUAGAUGAUUGGACUCCAAUUGAUAUUACUCAGAAUUGA